ACUGACACAGCGGAACUCGUCAUAACAGCAACUACGGGAGGUCUGUAUGUGUUCAUCUGAAAAGUUGAGUCACCAUGAGUCUACGGGAGAUCAGUGAGAACGUGAAGCUGGCCCGUGAAUAUGCCUUGCUGGGAAACUACAGCUCGGCCAGUGUUCUCUAUCAUGGAUUGCUGGAACAAAUAAAAAAAUAUGUCUACACCGUGCGGGACAGCACUUUUCAGCAGAGGUGGCAGCAGUUAUGGCAAGAAAUUAGUGAAGAGAAUCGACAAGUUCAGGACAUAAUGUCAACUCUGGAGAACUUUCAGCUGGACACGACGCCUGCUAAACCCAGCAACCAUGAUGAUUGUGAAGUAAGGCCUGUUCACAUGGAGCAAAGACAUUCUCCUUGUCCCAUCAGGCGGCCUUCUAACCCCUAUAAAGAAAGCAAACCACCCAACAACCGCCUGAGCGUGGCUGUGAGGGCCCAGCAGAGGCACUCGCCUCGUGGGGCCAAUGGGGACAGAAGCAAACCCUCCAAGGGCAAAGAAAAGAAGGAGUCGAAAGAGGCGAAGGAGGCCGCUGGCAAAGCAAAGGAUGAUAAGAACAAAGCAGAUGUCCAGGAGAAAGAGGUGAAAAAGUUUGACGGGACAGGAUAUGACAAAGACCUUGUGGAAGCUCUGGAGAGAGAUAUUAUAUCUCAGAAUCCAAAUGUUAAAUGGGACAACAUUGCAGACUUGGAAGAUGCAAAAAAGCUUCUCAAGGAAGCAGUCGUGUUGCCGAUGUGGAUGCCAGCAUUUUUCAAAGGCAUACGGAGGCCGUGGAAGGGAGUGCUUAUGGUGGGACCACCAGGCACGGGGAAAACACUUUUGGCCAAAGCAGUUGCUACUGAGUGCCGAACCACAUUCUUCAACGUCUCCUCAUCUACUCUGACCUCCAAGUACAGAGGGGAAUCUGAGAAGCUAGUUCGCCUUCUGUUUGAAAUGGCACGUUUUUAUGCCCCCACUACGAUCUUCAUUGACGAAAUAGACUCCAUGUGCAGCCGCAGAGGGACUUCAGAGGAACAUGAGGCCAGCCGGAGAGUCAAGGCAGAGCUACUGGUGCAGAUGGAUGGUGUUGGUGGAGCAUCGGAAAAUGAUGACCCAUCCAAGAUGGUGAUGGUGCUGGCUGCCACCAACUUCCCGUGGGACAUCGAUGAGGCUCUGAGAAGACGGCUGGAGAAGAGGAUCUACAUCCCCCUGCCUUCAACCAAAGGGCGGGUGGAGCUUCUAAGGAUCAACUUGAAGGAGCUGGAACUGGCCAGCGAUGUGGACUUGGGCAAGAUUGCAGAGCAGUUGGAGGGUUACUCAGGAGCCGACAUAACCAACGUGUGCAGAGAUGCCUCUCUGAUGGCCAUGAGGCGAAGAAUCGAGGGCCUCACACCAGAGGAGAUCCGCAACAUUUCCCGGGAUGAGAUGCACAUGCCCACCACCAUGGAGGACUUUGAGUCCGCUCUGAAGAAAGUGUCUAAAUCUGUGUCUGCGGCUGACCUGGAGAAGUAUGAAAAGUGGAUCGAAGAGUUCGGGUCCUGCUAAAAGAAACCAGCAUCCGAGUUGACUGUGUCUGAAUGUGUGACUAUAGUGAGUUUGAGUAUCAGCUGUGUGAGUCGGGUUGUGGCUGUGUAAUUCUCAGAAUCGUUCAGGUGAUAUUGAGGAAAUGAAGUAGGUUUGUGGCUUUAGGCAAAUAUGUGCACUUGAAUAUGGCACCUCUUUCUAUUGUGCAUUAUGUUAAUGUUAUGCAAAAGUCUUAAUCUACAAAGGUGACAAAUUCUGACAUUUUUUUACGUAUUCUGAUGAUUCUGUAAUCAGUUAAUUUCCAGAGAUGUUUACUGCUACUUUGCCUCGCCAAGUGUCAUGACGUCAAUCAAUUGUUACGCCUGUUUUGUUCUUUUUAAUGCAUUGAUUUUAUUUGGACCCAGUGGUUCUUUCACAUUUUUGAAGGUGUAUAUUCUUAUGAAGGUAACACUAACAAGAUAUUUCUAUAAAUAAAGUUAAUGAUAAUAGA